UAUACAGAGGCUAUUAUAGGCGACUGACUUCCAAGUAAUUUCCUCGUUGAACAGAAAAUCCACGAUGGAUGAAUAUCCUUAUCCCAUCAUUGUAGAGGGAGACUGGGGGCCUGAACACGCCAAAAGUGCUAAAAAUAAACUUCAGAUUUACUUUCAGAGUAAGAAAAAAUCUCAGGGAGGAGACUGCGUUGUGCAAUAUAAUGACGGGAGCAACUCCACUACGAUUCUGUUCAAAUCAUCUGACACCCGAGAUGGCGUGCUCUCAAAGUCAGAGCACAUCAUUACCAUUGACAAUCAACAAAUCAAGUUGAAAGUGUACAAACCCGGUGAUGUAGAGGAACAGGCACACAGCACUGGACAAAGAACAGAGCAGGCAUGUGGAUAUCAGGAACCAAAUCAAAGUGCCUCUCAGGCUGAUGUGAAGAAACCUCAAGAGACAAGUGCUGUGGUCCUGGAGAACCUUCCAGAAGAUGUUAACCAAGACGUUUUGACUCUUCUGGUGGAGAAUAUCAGCGGACUUUCUGAAAAUGACUAUAGCAUGGAAUUAAUUCCAGGAUUAAGAAAAGCAUUUGUGACCUUUAAAAACCCCAGUGCUGCAGAAAAGUUUCUUCAGGACAGCAGGACACAUGAAAAGUUUAAGAAGAAGGAUCUGAGGGCCUGUGCACUGGAGAGAAGCACAUGUGUGCGAGUGGAGGAUCUUCCAGCUGAGGCCAACAACAACAAGAUGCUGCUGGAACUGUAUUUUGAGAAAUUGGGUGGUCCAGUAGAAGAAGUUAUCACAAUUCCAGCAGAACAAGCAGCCAUUAUUAUUUUUAAGGAGGAAGAAGCCAAACAGAGAAUUUUGAAGCAAGAGACUUACAUCUGUGAUGUUCCAGUCAAGAUAUAUCCUUACUUUAAAUCACUGGAUACAGUCUUGUAUGGUGGCAAUAGGCCACAAUUGAAGCUGCCUGAACCCGUUACAGUCAGUGUACAUUCUGCCAUCAGAGAGUUCAUCCUGAAGAAAGGGCAGAUUUCCUCCAUUAAAGACCACAUGAGCUCACACUUCUGCCAAAUAAACAUGGACAAACCUGAAGUUUUGCUCAGUCCUGAUCCAGCAUUACUGAAACAGAAACACGAUGCCAUUGAUGGCUGGAGCAAGAAAGCAGUUGAUGCCUUCAAGAAAAUUAUCUCAAACUACACAACAUCUGAGUGGCCCAUGUCACACCCCCUUUUAUUUAAUGUGGAAAUUAAUAUUAAGAAAGUAGUGAAAGAUCAGGUUUUAAUAGACAUGGAUGCCUCUAAAGGUGUGCUGACACUGGCAGGAAUGACCCAUGAGAUAACUGGACUGAAACCCAUCAUAGAGAAGUUUUUGGAGAGAGGAACAGAUCAACUGGAGAGAGAGAAGAACAGUGUGACAGAGGACAUGGAGAUUUCUCCUGCCAUGUACUCUCUGCUUGAACAAGAUGGCCUGAAAACUGUUUAUCCACAUCUGCAAAUUGACUACAACAAAAAGAUGAACAGACUUAUUUUAUCAGGUCUUCAUACAGAAACUCUUACCUUCAAAAAUUGGGUCCUUGAGAAGAAAAUAAACAUGAAACAGAAGUCCUUACAGAUUAACUAUUCAGUCCUAGAAUUUCUGAGAUCAGUGGACUGUGAUGAAAUGUCCAGAGAUCUCUUCAUAUCUCAUGGAAUAACUGCUGUCUACACAAUCGAAAAUAGAGAUGUCGUUGUGAUUGGAAGCACAGAAAGAGCACUUAAAGAGGCGGAGAAGAGGAUUAAUACAGUUCUCACAACCAAAGUCCUUGUUGUAGAAGAUCAGGGUAUCCUUCAAAUGCCGGAGUGGCUGGAUCUCAAGAAACAACUGGAGAAUAUGUUCAGUACACUCAAAAAGAUAUCUGUGUUGAUAAACCUUUCCAAAAAGAGAGACAAAGUAUUAGUGACUGGAUUCAGAAAACCUGUAAUGGAGGUCAGUGAGAACUUAGGAUGUUUCAUUGAGAAACACACUAGAAUCUUAGAAAAAGUUCAUGUCAAAUCACACGCUGUGGUUGAUUUCAUUAAAGACAGAAAAUCACAAGACUGGCAGCAUUUCAUUGAGUCUAAUGAGGUGAAAGUGAGUUUUGAUUCAAUGAGACCCUUGAUCGAACUGUCUGGAGAGCGUGCAUUUGUCCAACCAGCUGUGACUUUCUUUAAAUGUUUAGCAGAUGCUCUCUGCACGGACACACUGAUAAUUAAAAAGGCAGGAGCAAAGAAGUACUUCAUGGAGCAGGGUAAAAUGAUGCUCUCAAUGCUGUUGAAGGAAAAGGGAUUUUUGGUUGUUCAUCAGGAAGAUAAUACACUAGAAAAGGAGGAAGAUGAAUUUACUGAAGGUAGUUUUGAAGAUAUUUACCAGGUCUCUUGUGAGGUUAAAAUACCAGGUGGAGUAACUGUUACUGUCAGGAAGGCAGACAUUUGCAAGAUCAGUGUUGAUGCUGUGGUCAAUGCUGCUAAUGAAGAUCUGAAGCAUACUGGUGGUGUAGCUUUAGCACUUCUCCAGGCUGCUGGACCAAGUCUGCAGCAAAUCUGUGACCAACACAUAAAAGCAAAUGGGCCUCUGAAGCCUGGAGAUGCCUUCAUCACUGACGCUGGCCGUCUUCCCUGUAAAUAUGUGGUGCACGCUGUUGGACCUCGUUUUAGUGAUUCAGACAGACAUACUACUGUGCAACGCCUGAAACGUGCUGUGAGGGAAAGUCUGAACCAAGCUUCAAGGAAAAACUGCUCUUCCAUUGCAAUUCCAGUUAUUAGCUCAGGGAUAUUUGGUUGUCCUCUUGAUCUUUGCACUGAAACAAUCGCCAAGGAGGUGCAUGACUACAUUGAUGAUCAUAACCACAGAGGGCCCAGAAGCACAUUAACUAAGAUUCACUUCGUUGAUAAUAAUGACGGUACUGUGAAUGCCAUGACUCAAGCUGUCAGAAAGGUGUUUGCUGCUUAUAACCUCAAAAUAACUUUCCCUCAUCAAACCAAACCUCGUGGGUAUAGUAACAAUGGAUCAGGCUAUCGUGGUCGUAGUCGUGGUCAUGGCUGUGACCGUGGUCAUGUCCAUGGGAAUGGCCGUGGUCAUGGACACUAUGGCCAAAGAAACCAAGAGUUUAAAGGUUCCAAAGGUCGUGGUAAUAGAGUCUCUGAAGGAAAAGCACACUGGAAAAGAGAUCCCACAAACUCUGGUGGCAAACCAGAUAUAUCUGAGGGACUGAGUGUUCUGGACACCAAAACUGCACAGGAUGGACUAAAAAUCAUUCUGAGCAAAGGGAGCAUCCAGGAUGCACAUGCUGAUGUCAUUGUAAACACUAUAUCGGAGGACUUGGACCUCAGAAAAGGUGCUGUCUCCAGAGCUCUCCUCCAGACUGCUGGUCAUCAUCUCCAGUCAGAAAUCACAAGAGCUGCUCACUCAAAGAAUGUGAAUUAUGGUGAAAUGCUCAUCACAAAUGGUUAUAAUCUGAAAUGUCAAAAAGUCUUCCAUGUGGUUUGCCCGUUUUGGAAGCAAGGCUCAAAAGAUGAGGUACUCGCUCAGAUCAUUAGAAAUUGCCUGAAAAAAGCAGAAAGCUGGAGAAUGGCUUCAGUUGUCUUCCCGGCUAUUGGGACUGGGAAACUUGGCUUUCCUAAAGAUCUGGUGGCCAGAAUCAUUCUGAAAGAAGUCCAGGAUUUUAAGCCUACAAACGUCCGAAAGGUAACUGUGAUUGUGCACCCUUCUGACAGGGAGAGUGUAGAGUGCUUCACCGGUGUCUUUAGACAUGGGAUUCAGGGUCCCAUCACAAAGGAAGUACAUCGACAUGUCAUGCCGAAAAUAAAUAGUUCUGGCAUGUCAGCUCAGACCUCUGAGCUUGUUGGCAGUGUCUCCUCUCCCUCUCUCGGGGUCCCCAUUAUGAAGCUGGGUCAAGUGACUCUGGAGGUUUCUUCAGGAGACAUAACUAAAGAAAAAACUGAUGCCAUUGUCAACUCCUCAAAUAAGACAUUUUCUCUGAAAGCAGGAGUAUCCAAGGCCAUUUUAGAUGCUGCUGGAGUAAAAGUGGAACAAGAAUGCUCUCAGAUUGUGGGAUCAUCAAACAUGCAGCAGACAGAGAUUGUGACCUCAUCUGGGCGGCUUCCAUGUGGAAACAUCAUCCAUGUUAUUGGACGUAAUAGUCCAUCUGACAUUAAGGAUGUUGUUAUGUCUGUUCUGAAGUUAUGCGAGUCACGUCAUAUUACUUCUGUUGCCUUCCCAGCUCUUGGCACUGGUCAGGCUGGUGCAAAUCCAGCUGAUGUUGCAGAUGCAAUGGUUGAUGCAGUUGUCUACUUUGUAAAGAAAAAGAAACCGGUGCAUGUAAGGCUUGUGAAGUUUCUUAUAUUCCAGACGAACAUGGUGGCAGACUUCCACCAAAGCAUGAUCAGAAGAUCUGGUGAGAAAGUGGGGAAAGAUAAAGGCCUUACCAAAUAUAAUGACUCUUUCGGAGGGGAAAGAGCAGACUCUCCUGCAAAUGAAGAGUUUGUGAUGGUGGGAGAAGAUAUUGAGCCAGCUGUGUUUCAGCUCUGUGGGGAGACACCAAAGGACCUGAGUGAAGCCAGGGACAUGAUCAACAGCAUGAUAUUGCGGGAGCAUGUGACAAUCCCUAUCCGUGAUCCAGCCAUUGCUCAUUUCACCAAAGAGGAUGGAGAAACACUGAACGCCAUGCAGAGGGAGCUCACAGUCAGUGUCCGGCUUGAGAAGAAAGGCCAAGACUCUGUCAUCACACUGGAGGGUCUGACAAGAGACGUUCACACUGCAGACAGUCGUAUUCAAGACAUGAUCAGAAAGGUGGAAAGAAAGGAAAAACGAAGAAGUAAGGCUUUUAUAAUAAGAAAUGUGGUUAAGUGGCAAUAUCAGGAAAAUGGACAAAGCGUCAAAAACUUUGAUAUGUUGACCAAUUAUGAUCUGGAAAAGGCCUUUCAGAAGAAACAGCCUUCAGUGAGAAUCACGAUCAGUAAUGAAGAAUAUGAGGCUGAUUUAGUUCUCAAAGAGGCCACAAGAGGGAGAUUGAGAAUUCAGUUAAAAAGAGUAGAACUGGAAGGUUGAAAGAGUCCAGAUCACUGCACUUUGGAGAUACUUCAUGAUCAAAUAGGUUUGACUGGAAGAUAAAAACAUCAAAAACAAUAAAACUUCUGUUGCAUUGAACUUGCCCUGAUGACAGAUCAGAUCAACCAUCACAACUUCGCUAGCAUGAAUAGUAUCAGUCAAAUUUAGAAUAAACAGUUUGUAGGAGCCAUGUACAUAUUUUCCUGUGCACCAGAGUUACACACACACACACACACACACACACACACACACACAAUAAGAUAUUUAAUCUCAUGGUCCCUAAUACCUAAUCAGCAGUUGUUUGUUUACAUAUAUUGAAGUAUUGUCAUACAAGGAAAAUAGUUUGUGCUGAUCAUAUACAGGGAUUAUGUAUCUGUGAAAUAAAGAAGCACAAUUAAUAAAAGUAGAACCCAUUAUGCAACAGUAAAAUAACUUUACUGAAUCAGGAUGGUAAAUUCUCAUUCUUUUAUACAUUUUGUAAACAUCUUAAAUUAAUAUUUUCUCUGGCUGUUUCAGUAUUUAUGUGCAGAUACAAAAAAAAUAUAGCUGCAAGCAGCAAUUACGGGGAUGAUUGUAAUUGAAAUGGAUGAAAAAUCAUAAACACAACCACUAGUAAUAAGAUUAAAAAGCCUAUCACUUUUGGUCAACAGGUGGCGCUGUAAUCAAAUCAUUUUGGUGUGUUCUGUGUGAGAUGACAAUAACACAAACAAAGUUUGGUGUCAAUAUGCCAAAGCAUUGCAGAGAUACAGCCUCAAGUGUCAUUUUGGCAUUGUGCCUCAAAUUCGUCGCUGUGGUAUGCAAAAACGGGUUUGUUUAUCGAUACAAAAUCCAUAACAUUUUGUCAGCACAGUCUAAAGAUCAUCUGAUUCAAUUUUGAUGAAAAUCGGACUAACGGUUGAUGAGCAGUUCGAAAAAUAAGGUUUUCAACAUAAAUCAAAAUGGCGGACCGGAAGUUCGGCUUACUCUGGUAUAUUUGGUAUCUAUGUUGUCGGCAUAAACCAGGGAAUAUUUUGAGACCAGUUUCUUUGCAAUAGGCUAAUGCAAUAAAAAGUUAUUAGCAUUUUUAUAAGUGUAAUUAUUCAUAGUUAAUGAAUGGUUCAUUACUCUUGACCAAUAGGUGGCGCUGUUACCAAAUUUAUGUGGCAUAGUCAGUGUGAGGUGGCGAUGAUACAUACAAAGUUUGGUGCAAAUUUGUCAAAGAAUUGCAGAGAUACAGCCUCAAAUGCAUUUUGGCACCCUUCCAGCAAAUUCGUUGAUGCGCUAAAUGAGAACAGUUUCGUAUAUCAACACGAAAUCCAUAACUUUUUGCCAGCAUGGUCUGAAGAUGAUACACCUCGAAUUUGGUGAAAAUCGGACUAACGGUCUAGGAGGAGUUCGAAAAAGUAGGUUUUCAACAUUAAUCAAAAUGGCGGACAGGAAGUAUGGCCAAUUUUCGCAUAAUUGGUAUCAAUGCUGUCGGCAUGACCCACAGAAUAUAGGGAGAUCAUUUUAAUUUUAAUAGUGUAAUUUAUUCAAAAGUUAUUAGCAUUUAUGUGAUAUUUCAUCAUAACUAUUGGCCACAAGGUGGCGCUGCCACCAAACUGUUUGAGUACCUUCAGGGCAUGGAGCCGAAUAUUUUUGUAAUUAUUUUCGUAAUGAUACGAUGCUGCGUUCAAAAAAUACAGCAUUUUAAAUCAUAAUUCAAAAUGGCCGACGCCUAAAAUGGCCGACACGGGAAAAUUUUAUAUCAUUCGACUCGCCAUGACGCACUGAAUCUAAAAUUGUGGUUUUUGACCAAACCAUUCAGAAGUUAUAAGCCAAAACAUGCAUUUUUCAUAUCUCCUGACCACUUGGUGGCGCUGUGUCGAAACACUGCGGGUAGUCUCAGGUCAUGGUUAUUAUAACACACACCAAGUUUGGUCUCAAUAUCCCAAACCGUUGCCGAGAUAUAGCCUCACAUGCAUUUUUGCAUGCUUCUCGUCAAAUGUGUCAUUCGACAACGGUUGGACGAAUCAACUUGAAUUCCAUAACUUUUUGCCAGCAUGGUCUGAAGAUGAUCUGAGCCAAUUUUCGUGAAAAUCGGACAAACCGUCUAGGACGAGUUCGAAAAAGUAGGUUUUUCAAAAAUUUAAAAUAGCGAAAAAACUAAACCUUGCGAUUUUUGAAUUUCGGGAUACAUUCGACUUGGCUUGAGCCAAGGAUUCAGAGUAAAAAAUAAUUUCCAUUUUCUGGCUUACGGUUCAAAAGUUAUUAGCAUAGAAACAUUGAAAUUUUGGACAAGUGGUGGCGCUAGAGAGUUGGAGUUAGAGACUUCAAAUUUGCUAUAGUUAAUGGUGGGACUGUCCUCUAUCAGUGUGCCAAAUUAUACAACUUUCCCGCAAUCGGUUAUAUGGGCUGCCAUAGACUUGCGGCGGAAGAAGAAGAAGAAGAAGAAGAAGAAGAAGAAGAAGAAGAAGAAGAAGAAGCAGAAUAAUAAUAACGCCAACGAUUACAAUAGGUGCCUACGCACCUUCAGUGCUUGGCCCCUAAAAAGGUACAAUUUUUUUUUAAUUAGUUCUAAGUGCAAGAAAUUGUUGAGUUCUUGUCUUGUAGAAAAAUUUAAUAGUUUCCAUUAUAGUUUUUCUCACUCGCUUUGGUACAUUUCUAAGAUCACAGCUGAAAUUCUCAAAACUAAUUUCUUAAUCUUCUCACUUGUGCAUGUCAUAGCAAUAUCUCAUUAUUUUAAACAAAUUGACAUUCAUAUAGUUGAUUAUGAACAAUUGUCUGCUGUGUGCUGCAUAAUCAAUUGCUUAUGUCAUGUUGAUCAAAAUAUAUUAUACUGGUUCUCUGUUGAACCUAACCCCAAAGCCAUUAAUUCAUUGCCAUUAAAUGCAUUAAAUGCAAAGUCAUUAAAUGCAAAACGGUUGACCUAGUUGUAAUAAUUGUAAUCAUAUAUGCAUUUUUAAUGUGUCCUGAAAUGUUGAAUUGCACAAUUCAAUCUUGAUUUUCACUAAUCAAGGGUAAUGUAAAGCAAAAGGUGAAUCGCAUUGCAACAAAAAUGUUACCAAUGUAUGAUUAUGUACGUCUUAGAGUUUCGAUUAAAAUGAAACGAUCUGUAUUUUCAAAGUAUG